AUGAAGUGUGCCGGAUGGAAUAAAAUAAGAGAGGAUGAUGAAUCAUAGAUAGAGAUAGAGGUUUAUAUUGGUAUAUGGUGAGGUUUGCUUAGCUUGUGGUUUGACUUUACCGGGAGAACGAGACUUACAAAGCCUCACAUAGAGUUUUGUGGUGUGGGGUAGGAAUCCUCAUCAGUAUCUUCUUUUUCCCUUUUGCUUAGAUUGGAAUCAUCAUCAUUAUCAUUCUCUGCCUCCUUCUACUAACAACACUGUCCCCCUGCCUCCUACAGAAAGAGCUUCUUCACUUCUUGGUUGCUACUGCUACUUGCUCAACUUCUUUCUAAUUAUGAGUAUCACUAUCAUCACGAACCUUUCAUGUUUCUUUUAAUUAUUGCUUGCUACUUGCUCAAAUUCAGAGUUUCUGGCCUUUAUUUUCCUUGGAGACAACAACGUUUGGAGACUGAAGACUGAAAGGUUCCUCACCCUUUUUGACAAGGUUUUUCAGAUCUGUUUGGUAGCUGAAACAUGGGCUUAAAGAUUCUAGAAGCAACUGUGUGAGUUUAAGGGUUGAGAAAGAAGUAGAAGCAACCAUCAUGGCAGGUUUCUAAAUUGCGGUUGGCAAUUGCAAUUGCGGUCGUUUCAACCUGCAUUUGUCCGCAAUUCCACGACGCAGCAGUGACAACAAGUGCAAUUUAAAACCCUGAUUAUGGGGGAUGGUGCUGUGACAACAACAUCUGCAGCCAUGAUGGAAGCUCCAACAAAUGAAACCUCGAUGGAUUUUGAAUACAUGAGUGAUCUUCUCUUAGAUGGUUGCUGGUUGGAAGCUUCUGCUGAUGGAUCAAAUUUCUUGCUGCAGCAAAGUCCUCCUUUUUCAAGUCCUCUAUUUGACCCUUCAUUCUCAUGGCCUGCUUUAGAAACCAAUGAGCCAACCCAUGUUGAGGAUCAACAUGAAUCACAAGAAGCUCCUCUUGGCAACACCCAAUUAGUGAGCCAGAGCCAGAACAUGGUUAAUGUUGUUGAUGGUAGGUAUAAUAAUCAGUCUGAAACUGAAACUCAUUCAGUUGUAGAAGGUACUUCUGAUGGGGUUAAGAGGUGGUGGAUUGCACCUACAUGUAGUCCUGGACUUGGACCUUCCAUAAUGGAGAAGCUGAUAAGGGCCCUGAAAUGGAUCAAACAAUUCAAUUGGAACAAAGACAUGCUCAUACAAAUUUGGGUGCCAGUUCCUCGAGGUGAUAGGCCUAUUCUAUCAGCUAACAAUCUUCCAUUUUCACUUGAUUCUGGGUCUGAAAACCUUGCAAGGUACCGAGAAAUCUCUGAGGGGUUUCAGUUUUCAGCAGAGGAGGACUCCAAGGAGUUGGUGCCGGGAUUGCCGGGUCGAGUUUUCCGGGACAAGGUUCCUGAGUGGACUCCUGAUGUGAGGUUCUUCAGGAGUGAUGAGUACCCGCGUGUCGAACAUGCUCGAGAGUUUGACAUAUGUGGAACAUUAGCAGUGCCAAUCUUUGAGCAAGGUAGCAGGACUUGCUUGGGUGUUAUUGAGGUUGUGAUGACUACACAGCAGAUCAAUUAUGUCCCUCAACUUGAGAGUGUUUGCAAGGCACUUGAGGUUGUUGAUCUUACAAGCUUGAAACAUUCAAGUAUUCAGAAUGCAAAGCAGGCACGUGACAAGUCGUAUGAAGCUGCACUACCCGAGAUUCAAGAGGUGCUGAGAUCUGCAUGUCAUAUGCACAAAUUACCUUUAGCUCAAACUUGGGUCUCGUGCUUUCAACAAGGCAAAGAUGGGUGCCGGCAUUCUGAAGAUAAUUACUUACACUGCAUAUCUCCUGUGGAGCAAGCUUGCUAUGUUGGUGAUCCCUCUGUUAGGUUCUUUCAUGAGGCUUGCAUGGAGCAUCACUUGUUAAAAGGUCAAGGUGUUGCUGGGAAAGCUUUCAUGAUAAAUCAACCAUUCUUCUCAACCGACAUAACUAUGUUAAGCAAGACAGACUAUCCACUGUCUCAUCAUGCCAGAUUGUUCGGAUUGCGCGCUGCAGUUGCCAUACGCCUCCGAAGCAUCUAUAGUAGUGCAGAUGACUAUGUUCUAGAGUUCUUCUUGCCUGUGAAUUGCAAUGACAGUGAAGAACAGAAAAACAUGCUUAUAUCAUUGUCCAUAAUUAUACAAAGGUGUUGCCGCAGCUUGCGGGUUAUAACAGAUAAGGAAUUGGAGAGAACUAGCUCAUCAGUUGAAGUGAUGGCCCUUGAAGAUAGUGGAUUUGCUAGGACUGUGAAAUGGUCAGAACCCCAACACAUAACAAGUGUUGCCUCAUUGGAACCUGAAGAAAAAUCAAGUGAAACAGUGGGUGGAAAAUUCUCUGAUCUAAGGGAACAUCAAGAAGAUUCUAUUUUAAAAGGAAACAUUGAGUGUGAUAGGGAGUGUUCUCCUUUUGUUGAAGGUAACUUAUCAAGUGUGGGAAUAAGUAAAACCGGAGAGAAAAGGCGAGCCAAAGCAGAUAAAACUAUCACUCUGGAAGUUCUUAGGCAAUAUUUUCCUGGAAGCCUAAAAGAUGCUGCAAAGAAUAUUGGUGUUUGUACUACAACUUUGAAAAGGGUAUGCCGACAACAUGGGAUAAAGCGUUGGCCUUCUAGAAAGAUCAAGAAGGUUGGUCACUCCUUACAGAAACUCCAACUUGUCAUUGACUCAGUUCAAGGUGCCUCUGGUGCAUCAUUUAAAAUUGAUUCCUUCUAUUCGAACUUCCCGGAUCUAGCUUCUCCAAAUUUAUCAGGAGCCAGCCUGGUCUCAGCUCUGAAUCAAAGUGAAAAUCCAAACUCAUUAAGCAUACAACCUGAUCUUGGCCCGUUGAGCCCAGAAGGUGCAACCAAAUCACUCUCUUCCUCAUGCAGCCAGGGUUCCCUUUCAAGCCAUUCCUGUUCCAGCAUGCCAGAGCAACAACCUCACACAAGUGAUGUUGCUUGUAACAAAGAUCCUGUGGUUGGUAAAGACUCUGCUGAUGUUGUGUUGAAGAGGAUCAGAAGUGAAGCAGAGCUUAAAAGCCACAGUGAAAAUAAAGCAAAACUCUUCCCCAGAUCUCUAAGCCAGGAAACACUUGGUGAACACACUAAAACCGAGUAUCAAAGUUACUUAUUAAAAACCUGUCACAAAGCAACUCCAAAGGAGGAUGCUCACAGAGUAAAAGUUACAUAUGGAGAUGAAAAAACCCGGUUUCGGAUGCCAAAGAGUUGGAGCUAUGAACAUCUUUUGCAGGAAAUUGCUAGGAGAUUUAAUGUGAGUGAUAUGAGCAAAUUUGAUGUUAAAUAUUUGGAUGAUGACUUAGAAUGGGUAUUACUAACUUGUGAUGCUGAUUUAGAGGAGUGCAUUGAUGUUUGUCUAUCUUCUGAGAGUAGUACCAUUAAACUUUGCAUACAAGCUUCUAGUGGUAUGAGAAGUUAAUAGAAUUUAGGUAACACUGGCCUUUUAAGAUUGUAUAUUACUAAGUUUAAGAUAAGAUCCUUUGUAUGUAUAUGAAAAUCAUUCUUAUCAAGUUUGUAGUUUGAAGACACAA